GCCAUGUAAGCUGAGCUGCGUGGGGCAGGCAGGGACAGCAAGAUGGUGUCACAGAGGCAGGUCCUCAUAUCCUUGUUGCUGUGGGUCUCAGGUGCCUGUGGGGCGAUCACGAUGACGCAGUCUCCAGGCUCCCUGGCUGUGUCUCUGGGUCAGCGCGUCACCGUGAACUGCAGGGCCAGUCAGGGUGUUAGUGACGACAUAGCCUGGUACCAGCAGAAACCCGGGCAGCGUCCUAAGCUGCUCAUAUAUGAGGCAUCCACCCGGGCAUCUGGAGUCCCCGACCGAUUCAGCGGCAGUGGGUCUGGGACAGAUUUCACCCUCACCAUCAGCAACCUCCAGGCUGAAGACGUGGCGACUUAUUACUGUCAGCAGGAUUAUAGCUCUCCUCCGUAUACUUUCGGCGGAGGGACCAAAGUGGAGCUCAAACGGAGUGAUGCUCAGCCAUCCGUCUUUCUCUUCCAACCAUCUCCGGAGCAGUUACAGACAGGAACUGCCACUCUCGUGUGCAUGCUGAAUGACUUCUACCCCAGAGAAGCCGAUGUCAAGUGGAAAGUGGAUGGUGUUCUCCAAAACCAAGGCAUCGAAAAGAGUGUCACAGAGCAGAACAGCAAGGACAGCACCUACAGCCUCAGCAGCACCCUGACGUUAUCCAGUACAGACUACCAACGUCAUGAAGUGUACUCCUGCGAGGUCAUGCACAAGAGCCUGUCCUCCCCCCUUGUCAAGAGCUUCAACAGGAGCCAGUGUUAGUGAGCGUAGGCUAGCAGGCACCUGCACUUCAGCCAGCCUCCCUGCUGCCCUCCUCAGGCCUCCGGACCUUUCCCCAUCGGAGACCCAUGCCUAUGGCAGGCCCUUCUCCCCACCUCCCUGCCUCCCCCUCUUUGGCUUUAAUCAUGCUAAUAAUAUUUGGGGGGAAAUGAAUAAAUAAAGUGAAUCUUUGCACCAGUGA